ACGUCCUUGCUGUUUCAUUCACAAAUUCAAGCAGUUACUUACUUGCACCGCGUACUUGAAGUUGGAGUAUAAUUUUCUCUCAAGGUUUUUUUUUUUUCCCUAGAAAGUGACGGAAAAUGCGAGGCCAAGGCUCAGCCACCUGCGUAGACAUCCUCUUGGCAAUCAUCUUGCCUCCCCUUGGUGUCUUCCUCAAGUUUGGCUGCAGGGCGGAAUUCUGGAUCUGUUUGUUGCUGACUUUGUUUGGAUAUCUCCCUGGCAUCAUAUACGCUGUUUAUAUCAUCACUAAGUGAUCACAUAUAGCUUUAUUAAUCUUCACUUCUGUGGAAGAAUGUGAAGGGUGUGUUUGUCUUGUCGUUUUGGAUUUUGUACUUGUCUUUAACCGUUUAAUGGAUAAUGUUGAUCUGGUGUUAUAGCCACAUGGACGGUCGAUUCCUCAUUAGUGUGUCCCAAUAUCAGAAAUUCAUCGCUUAAAUAUAUAUAUGUAUACAUAUAUAUAUAUAUAUUAUUCCAUUUGUUUCCUGUAAAGCUUGGCUGUUGGUUUUGUGAUUAGACAAAAUAUAAUGAGGUGUCAAUUAUCAAUGUUAAAGUCUCAUAGAACGUAAUUCCCUUUUUUCUAUUUUUAAUGUGAUUGUUCUUUUACUUA